AUGGCUUCCCGAGACGGUUCCCCCUUUUCCUCAGUCGGCUUUGCCGAGGAGUCAGACCACGAGUCCAUCAAGCAAGAAAGCCGCGCCCAGUCACCAACAGGAUCCCACAUGCCUGCAUCCAAGCGCAGACGCACAGGCGUCGCUUCCUGGGACCGACAGACACCACUGUCCUCCGUCCAAGAUGAAAUCCCCCCACCCUCCCCCACAGCCUCCAUCUCCUCCGACAGCUCCGGAGACGUCCCAAACGAACCCAGCCUCCUGGGCGUGCUGGGUAACAACCAAGACGACGAUUACACCGGCCAGAGCACCGACCAGGUCACCAUAUGUCGCUGGGAUGGAUGCAGCGCAGGCGAUCUGGGGAACAUGGAUGGCCUGGUGCAGCACAUCCACAACGAGCAUAUCGGCAGCCGACAGAAGCGGUACUCGUGCGAGUGGACCGACUGCUCCCGUAAAGGCCAAACGCACGCCAGUGCAUAUGCACUGCGCGCUCACAUGCGGAGCCACACUCGAGAGAAGCCCUUCUACUGCACCCUGCCCGAAUGUGACCGUAACUUCACCCGCUCAGACGCCUUGACGAAGCACAUGCGCUCCGUCCACGAAACAGAUACCCUACGCCCAUCCGACCUCAAGGCAAAUGCCGGCGCCCUCGGAAAUGCCGCAGGCACACCGGCCUCGAAACUGCAGCGCAUUCGCCUGAAGCUCUCGCACCCGCCCAAAGAACCCGGCGCCGAGUCCGAGCCUCAUGAAUCCAUCCUAUCCACAGGCGCCGCCGAUGACGAGGACUCAACAAUGCCAGAGUUCGGACCCGAGCUCGGCUUCGACGACCACGAGCUGGCCAUGCGCCCGCACGACUUGUACCGCCUGCUGCGGCGACAGAUCCACUGGGCGGAGAAAGAGUCCGCGCAGCUGCGCGCCGAAUGGGAUAAUAUCCGGCCAAAGCGCGAGCAGUCUUGGCUUGAGAAGGAGGCUAUCUUUGACGAUGUCAUUGACGGCGAGCUGAGGCUGUUCAGUGCUAUUGUCGGUGGUAUUGGCGGUCCUGCUGCGCCGACGACGAAUCUUUCAACUAGUCUGCAGAAGUUGCAGCAUCAGCAGCAGCAGUUUAGGAAUCAGCAGGAGCAGGAGCAGAUGCAGGCCAAGGCUGCGGAGGCCGCUGAGGUUAAUGCUGCUGCUUGA